AUGGAAGGGCAGCCGAAAGCUACCCGCCCUGCUAGUGGCAUUCCACGACUGGCUUCUCGGCUACCGCUACCCACUUCGACCGCGUCGAAAUCUGUUAGACCCUCUCCUUCCCGAGACCGAUUACAGGCCGAUCCUGGCCUGGACGACCGACGACUGAGAAGGCCUUCCUACGAGUCACUACUGAAGAAGCCCACUACUACGCGCUAUUCACCAGCAAAGCUUCGGACCGAAACACUGCAAAGCCAGGAGGAUAUAUCAAGCGAAGAUGGAACAUUUACCCCAGAGGAUGCGGGGUCGGUGGUUGGAGAGGAAGAAAGUGUGUCUGGGGAAACCCGCGGUCGUACACGUCCAUCACUCUCGUCGCUAUCCGAACGGACGGUUGAGACUCUAUCGCAAAUUCCACCAUCGCCGGCGUCCGUAAGACGGACAAGUUUCUUCAAUGGGGCCAGUCCAAUCCGUUCUCCCUCUCGAACACCGUCCAAUGUGUCAAACUAUUCGCGAUCUCCAUCGCGAUUGUCAUCCAAUCAGGGUAGCAGCGGCGAUUUGGUAUCUCAACCAUUUUCUAAGCUCCGUCUUCCAUCUCAAUCCCGUGUCGCAGCGGCUACGUCGAUCGGGGUUCCAAUGGGAAACACCGAUAUUCUGGACAGUCCUUCAAAAUUGAAGAAGCCAACCAAAAGGCAGAGUAUUCCGGCGCUAAGCAGUGCCUACGGAAGUAGCGCAACACCGAAGAAGAGCAUUGCCACACCGAAAGUCUCACAUGUGCGUCCUUCUCAGAGCACAUCUUUAAAGCCCCCUCAAUCAGAUAUGGGCCCACCGGAACGUCCCCUUCAGAUCCGAAAGACGAGGAAGUCCCAGACAGAAGCGCCUACUUCGUUGAGAUCUCCUUCGACCGGCUCGCGAUACGUGUCUGCCGCGUCUACUCUGCAAGACGAACUUACACCGGAGCAGCACGCAGAAAACGAAUUAAGAAAAGCAUCCAAGUCCUCCAGCGCAUUACGAGAAAGCAUUGCAAAAGCCAAGGCAGCUCGAAAGGCAGCCGCGGCAACGGAGAAGAAAACAGAGGUUGUCCCGGAGAUCAAGCCUGUCGGUACCUUCAUUGAUGGCGACCUCGAGGAUCCCUUUAAUCAGCUGCCGAAGGGUUCAAAUACCAAUGUCCUUCAAAAACGUCUCGAGGGAGCACGUGCGUCAGGGACUUUGAAUAUUGCAGCAAUGUCUUUGAGUGAGAUCCCUAAAGAGGUGCUCACCAUGUACGAAUUUGACCCUAACAGCACAUCCAACUGGUUCGAGAACGUAGACCUGGUUAAGUUCAUUGCCGCUGACAACGAGCUUUCUCAAGUACCAGAUGCUGUUUUCCCGGACGUCAACGUUGAGGACAUUGAUCCGGAUAGCGACGAGAAAGGUCCUCAAUUUGGUGGGAUUGAGGCACUGGAUCUUCAUGGCAAUGUGCUUCAUUCUCUUCCCAUGGGGCUUAAGCGAUUGCAUAAUCUUCGCUUACUGAAUCUAUCGAAUAAUGGGUUGACUAUGGAUCAUAUUGCUAUCAUCAUGGAAAUUCCGUCCCUAGUUAAUCUGAAACUUGCAAACAACAAGCUGGAGGGUUUGUUCUCUUCGGCUGUCAGCAGUCUUCAGAAACUAGAAUCGUUAGACCUUCGGGGCAAUGCGUUGACCGAGCUGCCCGAAGAACUUGGAGAACUACAAAAUCUCAAGAUACUGGACGUCGGCGAGAAUCAACUGUCAUCUCUACCGUUCGAGGCACUCAGUAGAGUUCCACUGAGCACCCUAAAUGCCCCCAAAAACAAACUGCGUGGUACCCUCAUUCCAGCAUCCGUUGAUCGACUCGAGAAAUUGCAGUCUUUGAACAUCGCAAACAACAGUCUUGAGAUUUUUGCUGCAAGCGAGACUCUUUCUCUGCCCAAUCUUCACAGUCUAUUUAUCAGUGUCAAUCGUAUCAAGCGAUUGCCCUGUGUAUCUUCUUGGCAGUCACUCUUGGUUCUUCUAGCAGAUGGAAACAAACUCACCGAGCUCCCUGCUGGAUUCGUGGACCUGAAAAAUGUGAAGACCGUGGAUUUCACUGGCAACGAUAUCUCCCGCUUGGACGAGAAAAUCGGAUUUAUGGAAAAGUUAUCUUCUUUCCGGAUCACUAAUAAUCCACUCCGCGAGCGCAAGCUCUUAAGCAUGGAUACAGAGGAUAUUAAGCUGGACAUGCGCAACAGAUGCGAGCCUGACCCACUGGACACAGAUGAUGAGGGCUCCGUGACCACUCAGUUCACGCUUGCGCCAGAGACCCCAGCAUUAGAGAACGGAUGGAAACUCAAGCCUCGAGGUAUCCUUGACCGAUCAUAUUCCGAUUUGAAGGACUUGGAAACAGACAAUUUAAAAUUGAUAAAUGUGGAAGACGUUCGUUGUUUAUAUGCGCAACAUAACGAACUCCGCAUCUUGCCUGCUCCCGCCCUCAGCAUUCUUGCUCAAGGACUGAUCGAGCUUGAUCUUUCACACAAUCCCAUGGACAGCUCAGAAUUCAUGUCUUCGUCAUUAGAGCUGCCAAAGCUUCAAACUCUCAACGUCAGCGCAACGACUUUGACUACGCUUGAGUCUCUCUUGGCCAAUCUUCGAGCGCCAUCCCUUACCUUCCUCGAUGCCUCCAACAAUCGCCUCACCGGGUCCCUUCCGAAUGCUCGGCAGACCUAUCCGGAGCUUAAAACCUUCCUUGUUUCUGACAACAAAUUAUCUCAAUUGGAUUUUGAGUCUGUGCAGGGAUUACAGGUCUUGGAUGUGAGUAACAAUGACAUUGACCACCUGCCACCAAAGAUUGGCUUGCUAGGUUCUGAGCGCUCCCCAAAGAAUUGGGGUACUGGGUCUGCCCUUAGGCGGUUUGAGGUUGCUGGUAAUCGUUUCCGUGUCCCGCGAUGGCAGACUGUCGCAAAAGGCACUGAUGCUGUGCUGGACUUUCUACGACAGCAUAUUCCUGCUCGUGAGCUGCCUGAAUGGGAACACGAGAACGAUGUUGUUGAGUAUUGA